AUGGCUUCCGACAAGAUCGACAACGGCGCCGCCCCUGCCGGCGGAAGGCCCCGAGCCGGAUCGGAGCACGAGAGCGUGCGGUCGAUUGUGGGAGUCUUCGAACGGAGGGCGUCCGAGGCGUCGGAGCAUGCGGCGGCCGCUGCAAACCUCCGUCGCGUGAGCGCCGCCCACACCCUGGUUGCCGUGCCUGCCAGUCCCGUCCACAGCCAGCCGCCAGACGCUGCUGCCGCUGCCGCUGCCGCUCCCGGGCCCAACGAGAAGCCGCCCCCGCAAAGCGUGCCUGCCUCCGUUGUUCGUGAGGCCGAGGAGCCCGCUCCCAGCUCGCCCAACUCGCCCAGCUCGCCCACCCAGCCCUCGGUCAACACCACCGAGACUACCAGUAAGCUGGCCAGCCCGGCGCCGCUCGUGCCGGCCGACGAUGCCAUGACGCGGGUGCGCGACGAGGAGGCGUCCGUCGGAAUGGACGACCACUACGGCCCCGAUCCCUACGGCCUGGCUGCACGCAAGAACGACGCCAUGUCGCGCCCCGAGAUCAAGGCGUCGCGCGGCCUGUGGAACCGCUCCCGCGCCCGCAAGGUCGAGUCGUUCUACGAGAAGCAGAACGAGCUGAUUGACGAGCUGCUGCAGAGCGGCGACGAGGAGCGCCUGCACGCCGAGGACCAGGAGAAGAACGGCGCCAAGGUCAAGUUCGCCGUCAACGCCUCCUUCGCCGUCAACUUCUGCCUCUUCUGCAUCCAGCUCUUCGCCGCCGUCACCACCGGCUCGCUGUCGCUGUUCGCCACCGCCGCCGACGCCUUCAUGGACCUGGUGUCGUCCGUCGUGAUGCUGGUCACGUCGCGCCUGGCCAACAAGCCCAACCCCGUCAAGUACCCCGUCGGCCGCCGCCGCAUCGAGACGGUCGGCAUCAUCCUGUUCUGCGCCCUGAUGACCACCGUCGCCGUCCAGCUGCUGGUCGAGUCGGCCCGCGCCCUGGGCGAGGGCGCCCGCACCGACGGCCAUCUCAAGCUGGUGCCGCUGAUCUGUGUUGCCCUGGCCAUUGGCGCCAAGUUCGGCCUGUUCUGCUACUGCUUCGCCUUCCGCCGCUAUCCUGCCGCCCACGUCUUCUUCAUCGACCACCGCAACGACCUGGUCGUCAACGUCUUCGGCCUGACCAUGUCCAUCGUCGGCGAGCGCCUCGUCUGGUAUCUCGACCCCGUCGGCGCCAUGUGCAUCGGCCUGCUCAUCCUCUUCUCGUGGGUCUCGCAGGCCUUCGACCAAGUCUGGCUGCUCGUCGGCAAGUCGGCCUCGCGCGAGUUCAUCAACAAGGUCAUCUACGUCACCUUGACCCACGAUCCGCGCAUCAGCAAGGUUGACACGUGCCGCGCCUACCACGCCGGCGAGCGGCUCUACGUCGAGGUCGACGUCGUCAUGGACCCGGAGAUCCGCCUGCGCGACUCGCACGACGUGAGCCAGGCCCUGCAGCGCAAGCUCGAGGGCCUGGCCGACGUCGAGCGCGCCUUCGUCCACGUCGACUAUGAGCACGACCACAGUGUCCACGAUGAGCACAAGCCGCUGUACGACCUCCAGCAGCCUCGUACCUUCAAGCAGAUGCUGGCCGGCCUGAUCCGUGGCGACUGA